UAAUCAUUAAAUUCAUAAAUCAGCAUUUUUAUAUAAUACAUUUCUGAUUCUUUAGUAGAUUAUGCGCCGGAUCGAUUUCCAAAGUAGUGAACAUAGGUAGUGAAUCAAAACAAAGAACUUGCAAUCUGUCAAAAUGUCGGUCAACGCUCAAGUACAUUUGACCAAAAAUGAAAACAUUAAAAUGAACGAUAAAACUCUUAAACCCCUAUUUUCCAAGCAAGCGGAGUGUUCAUAUGUGUCUUGUUAUUGCGAAGAAAAUGUAUGGAAAUUGUGUCAGGAUGUAUCGCUAAGAAUACCGGAGGAGUUGGAUCGGUGCUUCGUGGUAUUUAUAUCUAACCCUUGCCGCACGGUGCCUCUCUGGAAACAAAGGGCUGGGCGCGAGGAAGAUCGUCUCGUCAUAUGGGACUAUCAUGUGAUAUUCUUGUACUCUUGGGACUGCAAGACUUGCCUUGUCUACGAUCUGGACUCUGAGUUGCCUUUUCCAACAUUCUUCCAUAAAUAUGUCACAGAGACAUUUCGUACGGAUCAGGUGUUAAAAUCAGAUUUUCAUAGAUUCUUUCGUGUUGUGCCUGCGAAACAAUUCCUGCAACAUUUUGCAUCUGAUCGUCGUCACAUGAAGAGACCUGAUGGAUCAUGGAUUAAGCCCCCACCUCCAUAUCCAGCCAUCUGCACCUCAGUGGCCACGAACAACCUAGAUGAGUACAUCAACAUGGAUACUGGGUCAGGAUUGGGCCAGGUAUUGAGUCUGACAGAAUUUGUGCAACGGUUUUAUAAGGUAGAGAAGUAGUACAAGCGAGAACCAGUUAUGGUGCGUGUCUGUUUGAGAAAAUCUGUAGUUAAAUGCAAAAUUUUAUCAUAUACAUUUUGAAUGUAACUAUGAGGGUUGUAAGAAAAAUUACAACUUGGGCAGACAACACCAUUAGAUAGUCAAAUGGCGCAUUUGUUAAUUUUUAGAUUUUCCAUGGCAGAGAUCAUGGUUUUAGUUGAUUAUGUUUUAGUAAUCUUUGUUAAUUAUUUUGUCGUUCCUGUUAUUAUUUAAUUGUUUAUUACUUUAUAAUCCAUUAUUACCUAAAGUCAAUCUAUAGCUUAUAAAUAUACAGAGCACAGUGAAUUUCAAUCUUGCCCACCUAUUACACAAAGAAGUGUCUUGCACAAGGAAACUACGAAUUACCACUCAUUUUAAAGCCACUUAACUUAUUGGUCAAAUUUCUAUGUACUAUGUUAAUUUAUCUUUGUUUUAACCUUUUGUUCACAUCUUCAUCUUUUAUCUUAUGAUCAUAAUAAUUUUUAGUUCAUUUCUAUAUAAACUUAGUGUGUAACAUACAUAGGAUUGUUGACCAAUGAAUAAUUCUCUAAUUAUUGAAUAAUAACAUAUGUAUUCAACAUUGAAUAAUUACAUAAAUGUUAUCAAAUAUUUCUAUUCCUUCGAAGAUAAGCUGACGCCUGUAUUUAGAUAGAACAAUUCUAAAAUUACUUAGUAGUUUUAAAGAGAUGUUAGUGCUUAACAUCUCAAUUUUAUAAAAGCAUAUUAUGUAAGUUAGGUAUAGGGUACCUGUGCUAACAUUGGUCAGCCUUCCAAAUUUCAACCACCUAUAUACUCCACAGUAAUUUUGACGAUUGAUAUUAGAAAGGUGGCUAAUGUUAGGGCAUGUUAGCCUACAAUAUAUAUCAAUUAAUAUAUGUCUGUAAAGUUAAUUGUUUUCCUGUUUCAUUGAAUUAUGAAGAGUAUAUUUUAUCUCUAGGUACCUCUUGUUCUCGUUUUAACUGAAGAAGUAAUCCUUAUUUACGGAUUGUAUGUUACCUUGAGUGAUAAAUUAAAGCUUAAGUAAUUUAUUAUAUGUAGUAGCGUUAACGGUCACGAAGUAGCUUUUGUAUGUUGUUAAAUCUAUUGAAUAAUUUUUGUAUUAACUUUUAUACACUCUUUUUAUCCUGCCCUAGCACCCUUAGCAGUUAAUAAGAGAAAAAUCUCAAAUAUUACAUAAUUUACAUACUUAGUGUAAGUUUAAAGUGAAACUGCUUAUUGUUGAAAAUAUUUACGUAAGUGCAUCAGGAUAAGUGUUUGUGUUACGUUACGUUACAUAAAUUUGUCUAUUUUAUGAACACAUAUGUUAAAGCUACGUGCGUCAUGUCAUUGAAAUUAGACAUUGUAUUUUGUCACUCUUGUUGCACGUCGCAUGUGAUUGUAUUCCCUUGCUCAUAAACUUUCGUCCUUUUACCCAAAUAAAAAAAAAACUUCUGCCUGCCAUUGAUCAAUUCUAAACUUUUUGAGUCCAUAGGGCAGGAGAUAUACAUAUAAAAUACUUUAUUAUACAUACAUAUUAUUACAUCUAAAUAACCCUUUUCAAAUUUUAUUGGGCAUAGGAAAAGUCCCUUCAUACUUGAUAUUACACGUAAACCUUAAGAUAUAAAUUAAGCUUGUUAAAUAGUCAUACUUGUUCUGAUGUGAAAGUGCUUGAGGAUACAAAGGGCCAUAUUACAUAACAACAUGUGACAAUUAAGGCACGUUCAGUUCACCCUGGGCUAAUUAAAUUUAUUUAGUAAGUGUAAGAUCAUAUGGUGUAAGUGAAACAGUUGAUUUUGCUUGGAGCAACACAGAUUCUAUACGUUUCUCUUGCCCCAUCUAACCUUAUAGUGGAUACACCUAAAACCAUGUUUAGAUUUUACUGAUACCCAGUUGUUUUUAAUCAGAAACGAUUUAAAAAUCUAUAUAGGUACACGUUUUAAACCAUAUUCCGAAUUACGAGAACCACUUCUCAUUAAAUAAGUUGCUAGGAAUUUUCAAGUGUUGACAAGUGGGUAUGCAAUGGACCUUAGAUUUGAGAAAAGUGAAUAUUUUCGCAAAAGCCCCUCUAUAACUUCCAGUAUAAUAGUAAUAUAUUUAAACUUAGUUAAGCGUAAGAACUAUAGCACAAGUCUUUCAUUGUUGUAUUUUUAAUAUAAUUAGAUUUUGCAUUUAUUUAAUAUAUUUCUGCAGGGUUAAAUAUCUGUGUUCAAAUUUUACUAGUUUAAGUAUAUAGGUCUCCUUAUUAGAUGCGUUUCGAUUGUUGCAUUCUACAAUAUUUUUGACGCUGGAUACGCUUUUGUGGCUUAUUUGUAUAAAAAGUGUACUCAAUUUUAUUACAUUUACUGAUCUUAAAAUCUACUAAUCUAGUCAUAAUUCCUCUUCUCUACUUUUAAGGAUGUAUUGUUAACACUUUAAAUAAGCACCUAUGAAGGCGUAGCUGGUUUAAUAGUUGGGACCAAUCUGAGGACUGUGGUGGAACCCGUUGUGUAGAGAAUUCAGUGCCGGGGGGUGUAAUGUCCCACUGGUUACGCCUUUGACUUGUAAACAAGCUAGAAACUAGUACAUUGUAAAGACUGUUUACCAUCGUACAAUGUUGCGUUUCUUUGUAGAGUUGGUUGUAGAUGUCGCCACUGUUCCAAUACUUGUUUCGUAAUAGGCAACAGUUUAUAUUUGAUCACUUUGAAGGUCAUCCCAUGGUUAUCCCCCCCUAAAGCGCAAUGAUAUUAAUGGUUUUAUUUGAACGAUCUGUUUUUUUUUUCAAAAUCAUCAUAAGAUCAGGCAGCCGAUCGUAAGAUCAGGCAUAUCGUGAAACGUGAAAAUUUUUAACUCGUUUCCUGAGUCGACGGAGCCCCGCUACGCGGGGCUUCUAUUUCUGGGCAGUUAUCCCUUCGGGCAUCUGAAGCUACCUAACGAACCUAUCCUACCUAUUUAUUGGUUUAAUGUAACUAUGGUCAAAACAUUACACAGGAACAUUACGAUCUGCCUGAUCUUACGAUCGGCCGCCGACAUAUAGGUACACGAGGAAGAUCCUCAUCCAUUUAAAUAUGCAUUCAUUUUUAAAGUGAUUUCUAAGCGAAUUUUACUUACCUAAUUCAUAAACUUAUUUGUAAUGUUUUUUUACGUCAAUCAUGUUGAUUGAUUGUCGCUAAUAACGCAGUCAAACACUAUUCGAUUCGAAGAAACGCAAAAUUGUAUGAAAGUUGACAGUCUUUAAUAUUAACUUGUUUCUACAUUAAUCCGCAAUUAUUAUUGUUAUGAAUUCAAUCGAUACCUUCCUUCUACGCCUUUAAAAUUUUAUCUAUUGACUGACUGAGUGAUAAAUUGUGCUUGUGCUUUUAAUGUACCAAGUUACAUGUUUUUAUUUUAAGAUUGCAAAAAAUAAAACACCACACGCUGA